AUGGAGUUAAUCAGUACGAUAGACUGUCCCCCAGUUAUCAUUGGGAAUGAUCGGCAAGUCAAGAAUUUUCUUACAUAUGUACGUGGAAAAGCUUCUACAAAGUUGUGUGUGUCUAUUUCACAUGUCAAUGGAAAUAGCGACAACAUUGAGCUUGAUGGGGAGCAAUCUAAAUCGCCUUUCAGAGAGCUAGGUGAGCCUUCCUCGUUUUCACCACGAGAUGGCAUUGGUAGUUCAUCUGAAUCGAGCAAGGAUGUUGAAGACGAAUGUAACUCGAACGCCUCGGAAGAAGAUAAAGAUGUUGACUUAUGUGGAAAAGAAGACGAUAGGGGAAAAAGUGUUUGGUUCUCUUUGAAGGAUGUUGUGAAGAGGGGUGAAACGUUUCAAAACAAAUCAAAGUUGAAAGCAGCAUUGGAAAUGUCAGCAAUGAAGAAUAACUUCGAUUACAAAGUGGUGAAUUCAGAUAGAAAACUUUGGUACAUCCGAUGCGUGGACAACAAGUGUAAGUGGAGUGUUCGUGCUGAGGGGUUAUCGGGAUCCACAUAUUUCAUCAUCAAAAAAUAUGUGGCGAAUCAUACAUGUGCUGCGUCAAGUAUGAAUAAUGGUGGUCGGACAGCUUCUGCAAAAACUAUUGGGAGUCUAAUAAUGCAUAGGUAUGAUGGUGUCAAAGAAGGUCCCAAAGCUAAUGAUAUCAUACAUAUUAUGAGAAUGGAACAUGGAUGUGAGAUAUCUAAAUCAUUAGCGUGGGAUGCUCGUGAGUAUGCAAUUAGUCUGGCUAGAGGCAUUCCCGAGCAGAGUUUUGAAAAAAUUCUGAAAUACUUGCACAUGCUGAAAGAAGCUAAUCCAGGAACACACACCUUUUACGAAACCGAUGUUGAUGGUAAAUUCAGAUUUCUCUUCGUUUCGUUUGGGCAAUCAGUACGAGGUUUUCAUACAGCCAUGCGAAAAGUUCUUGCUGUUGAUGGGACAUUUUUGAAGAGCAAAUACAAAGGGGUAUUGCUUGUUGCGACAAUUUUAGAUGGAAACUCCAACUUGUAUCCUAUUGCAUUUGCGGUUGUGGACUCAGAAAAUGAUCGUUCAUGGGAUUGGUUUUUCAGACAACUAAAGGUUGUUGUUCCGGACGAGCGUGCUCUUGCUUUUGUGUCAGACAGAAAUAACUCACUUUGUAAGGCGCUUGAAAAUGUGUAUCCUCUUUCUCAACAUGGAAUUUGUAUUCACCAUUUGUUGAAUAAUGUGGUCACACAUUACAGAGGAAAGGGAGUUGUUGGAUUGAUUGCAAAAGCUUCUAAAGCUUAUAGAAUUGUUGAUUUUCAGAAGCGAUUCCAAGCUGUGUGCAAUAUUAGUCCAGCUAUUGGAAAAUAUUUAACAGAUGCAGAUGUUACAAAGUGGGCUCGCUGUCAGUUUCAAGGAUACAGGUACGACAUCAAGACGACAAACCCGGCUGAAUCAAUAAACUCUGCUUUGCGCUCACCAAGAGAGUAUCCAGUCAUUCCUUUGUUGGAUAGCAUCAGAGAAAUGCUUACUCAUUGGUUCUUCGAACAACGCACACGAAGCAGGAAGCAGAAAGCACACAAAACCAUUAACUAUUGCCAUCGAGAAAAAGAUAGAUAG